AUGAGGCAAACCUCAAUACUUGCCCUCCUUGUCCUCGCCACAAGUGUGAGUGCGCAGACGGGGACGCCCACAAUACCGGCCGAAGAUGCCUUGCAGACCCAUUAUGGACAAUGUGGUGGUGAUGGUUGGGACGGUCCCAGCGAAUGUGAACCAGACCUCUACUGCUACGUAGACGACGAAUGGUAUUCUCAAUGUCUCAAAGUAGGCGAGGUAAUUAACAAGAAUACCGAUCCUGAGGAGCCGGAAGAUGCUGCUCCUCCCGCCAACCUCCCUGAUCCUCCUGCCAGUUUCCCCGAUCCUCCCUCCGGAUCCUCUGAUCCCCCCUUCCAGGGAGUUCCUGACAGUCCAAUUGGCAACUCCCCUGACGCUCCUGAUGAUGGCUUCCCACAGCCUCCCAAUAAUCAGUUCCCGCCGGGCAACAACCAACCCAACCAGCCUGACCAACCCCCCUUGGACGACAUCCCCGAUGGCCGGAUCAUCGACUCGCCUCCCAUCGUCGGUGGCGGUAACCCGAAUCUUCCUUCACCUGAUGAUGGUAGAGUCACUACGACGCAAUUCGGCGUGGGUGCUCCAACGGCUAUUGUCGUGACGAGCUUUGUCACUGUCACGGCCCCUGGUGGAGGUGGCUCUGCACCGCCGACCGGAGUUCCGGAUUCGCCUUUUGGGAAAUAG